CGGCGGCCUCGGCCCCUGAGGGGCCCUGAGCGCCGCGCAGGGGUCCCGCGAGGCCUGGGCGGCCGCCGCCUGCGCCGUCCCGGGGCGGAGGCGGUGCUUCACUAUGAUGAGCACCACAGCUGACAACUUUGCUAGCUAUGAAGAGAGGCAGGUGGAACUGGGCCAGAGUUACAGUGGCUCUGUUUUGGGCUAUUCAGAAGCUACAUUUGAGACAUUCAGCCAGGAGGAAAAAGGCUGCUCACAAUACGAGAGUGAACCAUCUGAAUCUUAUUGUUCCACAGAGGAUUUAGAGAAGUCUGCUGUAUCAGAUUUAUUGGAAAGCAUAUCACGGCUGGCAGGCCAAAAUCAUGCAGUUGAGCAGUCUGAAAUAGCAGAAUCUGCAGCUGUAGAAAGAGGCUUCUUGGAGAAGUGGAUUGACAUUCUGAAAAAUAAAGAAGCUUACAUUAAGCAAGACAAAUCUGUCCUCAGGACUCAAACUGAAGUUACUGAGGAAGCAGAUGGAGAAGUGGAUGCUCUCUGCUCUUUUUGCACCAUUAAGAUUAGCAAGAUGCAUCACCAGCUGAUCUCUAAGCAGUCAAAUGGUGGCAAGCCAAGAAAGCUGCAGCAUGGAUUCACACCAAAGAAAUCAGAGACAAGUGACUUGAACUGCACUGUUCCUCUUCAGCUCAUGAAUAGAAUCUACCUGAAAAAUAUCAGGGAGACAGUGAAACAGGUAACAGAAGCUGUAGUGCACCAGUCUUCACUGUGCCCUGACUGUAAGAAGAAAAAGGCAGAGCUAGCCAAGAUUACCUUUCUCAGGCAAAAGAAGACUCUAGUGGAAAGAGCUUUACUUCAGGAAAAAUUGGAAGAACAGAUUUACUCAAGAGAUGUGCUUACACUUAUAGGAGAAACACUCAGAAGCUUUCCCAAACUUUCAGAGGAUCCCAGGAACUUAUGGCAAAGGCUGAAAGAGAAAGACCCAGCAGAUACAAGAGGAUCCUUAACUGUACUGAAAGAGAGGCAGCCAGAGUCCAUGCUUACCAGGCUGAGAAACAGACGAUCCCAUGAUGGUGAAGGCUUGAAGCUUGUGACUUCCGGCAGUGGGACAAGAGCUCCUGCUCUGCCUGUGGAUCUGCAACUAUAGAACGGCUUUGGUGUCCUGUUAGGAGAGGAGGGGCUGAAAGCUCUGUGUGACAAAGCAUCAGAGCAAGUCAAGCCUGAAUUAGCAGGAGCACAGGAAGAAACAGUGAGUGAUAGGACUGGGAGACUCCCUCCUGUGGAGGACUGAGGCCCUCAUCUCAUGACCUGACUUGCUAUCCAGGGAGGUUUUCUGCUUGCUGGGGGCUUGGACCCAGGACAUGGUGCAAAGACUGCUAGGGCUUGUCUGGCCCUCAGGCUGUUACCCCUUGCUGCUCUUGCAUGUGGGCACAAAUGAUACUGCCCAGGGAAACCUGGAGUAUAUUAAGAAUGACUACAUUGCCUGUUGAAGAGGAGUGGAUGGGUCCUGCAAAUCAACACCUGGUUUCACAGCUGGGUGCAAGCAACAGGUGUCUGGUUUUUUUCACUGCCAUUAGACUCUCCGAGAUUGAGGACUAUUAGGGAGAGCCAGGAUCCAUCUGACCAAGUGGGACAAAAACACCUUUGCCAACAGGCUGACCAGCCUGGUGAGGAGAGCUUUAAACUAGGAACUACAUGGGAGUGAGAUGAUGAGCCACAAAUAAGUGGAGGAAUUGGUGGACUGGAUUGGCAAGGCUGGGACCUACUUCAAGUGUGUGCACACAAAUAAGCAAGUGCCAAGAAGAUGGCUUUCUAGAGAUUCUCUCAUACUUUUUUCUGUGAAAUCAGAAUGACUGGGUGCUCAUCUGAAGUGUUUGUACUUCAAUGAACACAGCACGAGGAGCAAACAGGAGGAGUUAAAAGUCUGCCUGCUGCUGCAGGGCUAUGAUCUCACUGGAAUCACAGAAACAUGGUGAGAUACCCCAAAUGGCUGUGCUGCCGUGGAUGGAUGUAGGCUCCUAGGAAGAACAGGCCUAGAAGGUGAGGAGGAGGAGUUACCCUUUAUGUAAGAGGGCAGUGGGAAUGUGUGGAGCUCUGCCUAGGGAUGAACGUACAGUUAGUUGAGAGUGUAUAGGGUUGGACGGAAGGGCAGAUCAAUAUGGGUGGUGGUGUGGUGGAUGUCUGCUACAAACUGCCUGAUCAAGAAGAGUUAGCUGAAGCCUUUCUCAGACAAGAGGAGGGAGCCUUAUGUUCGUAGGCCCAGGUCUUUAUGGGGGCUUUGACUGUUACAUAUGUACUGGAAGGACAAAACAGCAGGGCACAAGCAGUUCAGGAGGUUUCUGGAGUGCAUUGAUAACUUCCUGACACAGGUGAUUGGGGAGCUGAUGAGGGCAGGUGCUCUGCUGGACCUCCUGCUUACAAACAAAGACGACUGGUUAGGGACGACCUUGGCUACAGUGACCAAGAGGUGGUGGAAUUCAGGAUCCUAAGAGGAGGGAACAAGGCAAACAGCAAGAUUACAAUCCUGGGCUUCAGCAGAGCAGAUUUUGGCCUGCUCAGGGACCUACUUGGUAGAAUCUCAUGGAGGACAGUCCUGGAGAGAAGAAGGGUUCAGAAGACCUGGUUGAUUUUCAAGGAUCAUGUCCUGUGACCUCAAGAAUUGUCCAUCCUAAUGUGCAGGAAAUCGAGCAAAGGUGGUAGGUGGCCUGAACAAGGUGCUCCUGAAAAAACUCAAACAUAAUAAGGAAGUAUACAGGAGGUGGAAGCAUGGACAGGUGGUCCAGGAAGAAUAUAGAUACCCUGUCCAAGCAUGCAGGAUGGGGUUAGAAAGCCAAAGCCCAUCUGUAAUUAAAUCUAGAAAGGUAUGUAAAAGGUAACAAGAAAGACUUUUACGAGAGUUUCAGCAGUGAAAGAAAGACUAGGGAGAAUGUGGACCUGCUGCUGAAUGGUGGCAUGGGUCCUGGUGACAAAGGACCUGGAAGAAGUCAAGGCAUUCAGUGCUUUCUUUGAUAUAGUCUUUACUGGUGAGGUUUGCCUGUAACAAUUCCAGGCUCCUGACACAAGUGGGAAAGCUUAGAGCAGUGAAGACUUUCCCUUGGUACAGGAGGAUCAAGUUGCAAGGGAACAUUUAAACAAAGUGAACAUACACAAGUCCAUGGGACCUGAUGGGAAGCACCUGUGAGUGCCGAGGGGAGCUGGGUGAUGUCUUUGCAAGGCAACUCUUGAUAAUUUUUGAAAGGUCAUGAUGUUUAGGAGAGGUUCCUGAGGACCGGAAGUAAACAAAUGUCACUUCUGCCUUCAAGAAGGGUAAAGAGAAUCUGGGCUACUAUAGUACAGUCAGCCCCACCUCAGUCUCUGGGAAGAUGAUGGAGCAUAUCUUCCUGGAAACCAUUUCUAAACUCAUUAAGGAUAAAAAGGUAAUUGGGUGUAGUCAUCAUGUGUUUAGAAAGGGGGCAAAUACGCUCGAGCGACCUGAUAGCCUCCUGUGAUGAAAUGACUAGCCUGGUGGAUGAACGGAGAGCAGUGAAGGCUGUUUGUUUUGACUUCAGUGAGGCUUUUGACACUGUCUCACAUGGCAUUCUCAUAGACCAACUGAGUAUGGACUAGACGGACAGUGAGGUGGACUGAAACUGACUGAAAACUGGCUGAAGUGCCGGGCUCAAAGUGUUGUGAUCAGCAGCACAGAGUAUGGCUGGAGGCCAGUCACUAAUGGAGUACCGAGGAUCAAUACUGUGGUCAAUGCUGUUUAUACUCUUCAUUAAUGACCUAUGUCAUUAUGGACAGAGUGCACCAACAGCAAGUUUACAGAUGAUACGAAAUUAGAAGAGGUGGCUGAUACACCAGAUGGUUGUGCUGCCAUUCAGAGGGACCUUGGCAAGCUGGAGAAAUGGGCAGAGAGGAACCUCAUGAAGUUCAACAAAGGGAGGUACAAAGUCCUGCACCUGGGAGAAAUAACCUCAUGCACCAGUAUAGGCUUGGGGCUGCUGGCUGGAAAGCAGCUUUCCAGAAAAGCACCUGCGGCUCCUGGUGGACAACAAGCUGAACAUAAGUCAGCAGUGCGUGCUUUCAGUGAAGAAGGUCAAUGCCACCCUGAGCUGCGUUAGAAAGUGCAUAGCCAGUAGGUCAAGGCAGGGGAUUAUUCCCCUCAACUUGGCACUGCUGAGACCACAGUAGCAGAAAAAGAAAAAGUCAUCGUAUCAGCUCAUCCUGCAACACUCUGGAUAUUUGAGUUUCUGCGAAAGAAUUGGACCUUAUGCUUAAAUUUAUCUAAGUCUUUUCAUAUCAUCUUUAAUCAUUGUAUUAAGUGCAUGCUCAUACAUACACAAAAUAUACUUUUCAAGUUGGGUCAAAUUCCAUCUGCUGAAGUCUCAAUGUUGACACAUUCUCAGGAGGAAACUUUCCAUUAGAAGAAAACAAAAACAUUCUUCAAUAUC